CACGUCCAAAGGCACCCUUGCCAGCCAAAUGACUAGUCUUCGCCCCAAAUUGACUCGACGGAGAGGUGCAUGUGAAGAGUGCCGUCAGAAAAAAGUUCGAUGUGAUGGAGCAAAUCCAUGUUCCUACUGCCAACGGAACGAAUCUCAUUGCGAAUACAGUAUACGCCGCUCACGACGUCGUCUACAAGAGCAAAACAUCCACGGUCCGGACAAGCAUGUCACCGCAAUGACACAGUCUUACGCAAUGAGCGGUAGCACAACGCCUGAUCUAUCAAACCCAGCUCAUAUCUCUGAGGUCGCUGUUGGUCAAGAUGCCCAAGGCUCAGCAAAUCCUCUAGAUACGCCAUUCAGUGAGGUCUGCUUCUCGCAGUUGGUGUCCGAUAGCGUGCACUCAUAUCUGGAUUUUGAUUUCACAGAUGAAACAACAGCGGUCAUCGACCAAGUCCAGACCAUAGAACUAGAUCGGCAAAUAGGCAGUUUCCAGAACCAGGUACCGUGUUAUGUUUCCAGAAAUGGCACGGCCAUGCUAGAAUGGCUCAACAUGGGUCACGGCCAAAACCUGGACCAGCGCAGUGCCGCCCAGGUCGGCAGUUUCGUAGAAGCUGAACAACAUGAUGACGCCACUAAGUGUACUCUUGCACCCUUCUUAGAGCGAAUAGUAGCCGAUAAAGCAGAGGUAAACAAUCUGUUUCUCAUCAUCAACCGUUCAUUUCUAAUCACUAUCGCUGCAAAGACAACCCCAUUCUUAACCUGUAGAGCGUACAGAAUCACUGCUCUUUUCCCAAACGCAGAUGACCGGAGCCGUAGACAACAGACAGUGUUAGACAAAGUCAAGGUGCUGCUUUCUUCGGAACAUCAGACUUGUCUCUCUACUCUCUUGCGCAAGAUUGACUCUGGCAGAGAACAUCAGAACCUGGACCUAAAUGACCUUCCUAUGAGGAAGCUUAUUCAGAGAGCGUUCAAAGAGAUAGGAGGGCCGGGUCUGUUUAUCAAAGAACAAGAUGUCACGCGUAUACAAGAGCGUUUUUUCGAUCCAAAAAACCUACCUAUAGACGCUAGUGAUAUGUCAUUGCUAACUGUCUCGCUGGCUUGGGGUGCCUUGUUCGAGCCAGAAGUAAGCUCGGGUUCUAGAGCAGCGCUACUAGAUGCUGUGCUGGAAACUUCAAAGUUGCUACUUUGCCAGGAUAAUAGCAUCCGUAAGUUCUUAGCGCUUGUUGCUGUACUCUGUCUUGCUGAAAAAACAGGGUCAGACAACAUGCCUGCACUUAUCCUUGGCAGCAUUUCGACUGCGGCAUCCUUGAGUCUUCAUUCAGAACCUGACUUACGCAAGCUCUGUGCCAACAACGAGCAAGCCAUUCAGACUAAACGAGCCAUGUGGCUGCUCUACUGCGUUGAUAAGUCCUAUGCACUAAGGUGGCAGACCUUCUCCCUAGUCGGCGAUGGUUCUCUUCCAACUACGAACCCACCCGACAAUGUACUUGAGGGUAAUCUUGCAACUACACCAUUUCCAGAAUGGUUGUGGAUUCGGUCUCAAUACUCCAAAAUCUGCUCGAACAUCCUGCAGCUUCGAGUAGGCACAGAGGAAAAUCCAUCUGAAGAUCAUUCCAACAGGGCUACGACACUGUCAACAACGCUCGAAGGAUGGCACAGAUCAACCGAGAUUAACCAGAUGAUGCUCUCUCUAGAUCAUAGUGAUGCCAUGCGCGUUAAGCUCCAGAUAUCUUAUCAUUACUACGAGGCUCGGGUUCAGUUACUAAGUAUAAGCUCACCGGAUCCACAUUCAUCUUCUUCCACGGGGCCUAUGGAUUGUAGAGAACUACUCAAACAAUCAACACGGGAAACGAUCAAAUGCUCUAGCACAAUGCCAUCUGAGUACCUACUUCAGGACUGCAACCAUCUCUUCAUCAACAAGCUUGCUCUUUGUUUGCUUGCGUUGGAAAUUCUCCUAGAGCCGGACCAGGCCAGUAGAAAGGAGAGUCGAGCUUUCCUUAUUAUUGUUGCUGGUUUCUUUGCUAGGAUCGGUAUCCUAUUCCCGCAAACUACUCUCUUUGAGGAGGUAUCUAACUUAAUCGAGAUACUCACAUAUCGUUGAAUACAUGGUAGCUCCAGAAAAAACAAUUUCUGCCUGUUCC